AUGUCUCCUACAGUGCGGAGCCAACCCGGUGACAUGCGCACAUCCAGAGACUCAGCAACGCUUCGCGGCUCCGUGACUAAAGCUGGUGCCACUUCAGAGGAAACCUUUCUUUGUAAACUACCAGCACACAGAACCAGGUGUGAGCGGUCCGGACAGCGGGGCAGGCGCAGAAUGAAGGCCAACGACCGGGAGCGCCACCGCAUGCACAACCUGAACUCCGCUCUGGACGCACUCAGGAGCAUCCUGCCGGCGCUGCCCGACGACGCCAAGCUGACCAAGAUCGAAACACUGCGCUUUGCCCACAACUACAUCUGGGCUCUGACCGAGACCCUGCGCAUGGCCGACCAGCACGGGCAUGCGGCGGACUACCUGCAGGUGGCGUCAGACCUGAGGAGCCCGGCGAGCGUUUCAUCUGCAGAAUCUGGUUACGUGACGUCAGCCGACUUUGACCCGAGAAACUCUGACUCAUUAGUUCAUGAAAUGAACAUGGCGUGCAGUCCCGAGGCUUAG